GGGCUUCAGUCAGUCAGCCGACGCUCCGAGACGCGGUGAUUAUUCCCAUUGUAUGCCCGCUGCUCGAGGGGGGGUUUCUUCCACCACCGACUCUCUCUCUCUUUCUCUCUCUCUUUCUCUCUCUCUCUCUCUCUCUCGCUCGCUCGCUCGUUCUCUCGCUCUCGCGGCCUACUGCUGCUACCGCUACCGCUACCGCUACUGUUGCUGGCUGCUGUUCUGCUGCUCACCGUUGUCGUCGUCGCCGUCGUCGUCGACGCGUUUCAGAGCGGCGUGUUCUCGCGCGUUACAACAGUGUCGAAAAUCGCGAAACGGAUCGUUUGAAGCCGGUGUCGUCGAUCGUUCUCGUUCACCUUGGCUCGUCCCUCGUCGCCCUUCUUCCGCUUCGGCUGGUUCUCUUCCGUUCGCCAACUCGGAAGAUCGCCGAGUCAAAGACAACCGCUGGAUCAACUGGAAUUUCUAAUCGUGCGUGCGUGCGUGCGUUUGUGCGUGUGUGUGUGUGCGCGCGCGUCCGCGCGCGCUUUCUCACUCUCUCUCUUCAACCGGAGGCUACAUCGAUCUUCCCAUCUUGCUGUGAGUGAGAGAUAGAUCAGCGGGUCACGUCGCGACGGGAACCUCCUCCAUCAUCAAGAACCAUGACGUAAACGGCGUUCGUUUGGGACCGGCCGGUGGUGUUCGUCACGAAGCCCUGGAGUGUUGUCCGUGCUUGUCGUCAACGCCAAUAUCAUUGUCGGUUACACGUCGCCGGCCAGUGAAACCGAGUAUUCGCCGAUCGAUCGUCGCCGCGGGUCGAGUGCGUCUGUUUGACCAGCGAGAUCGGUCGACGCACGUUCGUCCUCCGCAGCCUCGGAUCGUCGCCUCUCGUUCAAGUGCUCGGGGUUCGUUUCAGUGCGGAGGUGUCAACUACUCAGCGUACAACGUAUUCUCUCGUAAUUACGUGACAAGUGCUACGAAGACGUCCAACGUUCGUGGUGAUCGAAGCUACCAGCGCGCGAGCAGGAUGAUAUGAGCACGCUUGGCAGAUUGAGGAUGUCCUCAAAGAGGAAGUCACCACCAACGAAGCUAUCGGAGGGCGGGGGCGGCACGGGUACAGUGGCAGGCGCCAACGAGGAGGAGGAGGACACGACCUCGUCGGUGACCGGUGGUCCCGGUGGCGAGAUAGCCGUCGGUGAAGAGGGUCGCGCCACCCCCGUCGACAUCGAGGAGUGUUACCCUCACCAGAGGGGAGGUGACUGCGAGUCGUCCGGCUGUUCGUCGCCGGCGACCACCAGCGAGCCGGAUCUUCGUGACUCGCCAUCGCCGUCCUCCAAUUCCCUGCAAAGCAAGCGACAAAGGAUCGUCUUGUCCAGCCAGGAGGCACUCGCCUCCUACCACUACCCCCAUCACCACCACCACCACCAUCAUCAUCACCACCAUCACCACACCAACACAUCGUCGUCGUCGGGUGGUGUCGUGGAACCGGCCAGCUCCUCGGAGUGCGGCUCGCCGCCAACACCCCUAACCGUCGACCCCUACUACCCCAGUCAUCCUCAUCACAACAACAACAACAACACCGUCACGCAAAACAACAACAACAACAACAACAACAACAACGGCAGCAACGCAACAACCGUCACGAGCAAGAGAUCGAUGGACGACGUGCUGAAGAGGUUAACCUGCAAGAUGAACAGCGAAUCGCUGUCGCUGCAGGACGAUACCACCAACAACAGACGGAACAGCCCGCCACCUUCCUCCACGCCGACCGGACACAACGCCCACUGCGGAGGCAUCGCCAGCGUGGCGAACAGCGUGCCACCCUCGCCGCCGGCCUCUGGCAGGAUGCAGAACGCGGAAGGCCAGGUACAGCAGGACGGCGCGUCCGCGUUGCACAGGGUCCUCUGCGCGGAAACGUUCGCGGAGAAGGAGCGCAGGCUCUCCGAGAUGAUCCUGCAACUGCAGCUGCUCAGGGAACAAUUGCUGCAACAGCAAGAUCAGUCGAAGUCGUAUCCUGCGCACAUGACCGUCGACUCGCAGAAGCAAAUCGAGAUACAGCGGCUGCAAACGGAGCACUUGAAGCGGCAGCAAGAGCACAUCAUGCAGCACAACAUCCAGGAGCUACAGGCUCAGAUGACAAAGAGCCAGCUGAGCAUGUCGGGGCCGCAAUCCUUGAUGUUCCUACCGUUUCUCGAACAGCUCAGAGGAUUGCCGGUGCAAUCGCCUAUGCCGCCACCGCCGGCUACGUCGACGUCAACCACCACCAACAAACAUAUCAAUUCGAUCGCUAACAUGAUCAGCAGUCAUCGGGAGGGGCCGGGCUGGGCGACGGCGCAUCUCGCGCAGAUGACCACGCAGAUGGAGAAGGAAGCGUCGCCGACGCCGAUCUCGUCCGCCGUGGCGCCGACCGCGCCACCGUUGCAGGAUCUCGACGCGCCUCUCAACCUGACCAAGCCCAAGUCCUCGUCGUCGGGGGCCACGGCGUCCUCCUCGUCGCCUGGAAGCGACUCGCACUCGACAGGGGCGGGAAGCAGCGGACAGCAGGAGCAACCGGUCGCGGCCACCGCGCCUAAGCUCUUUCCGCCUGGUCUGCCGAUGCCACGGAAUUAUCUCACGACCCUACCCUACGCUGGUCUGCCACCUCAUCUCAGCACUCUUUCCUCUCCGAUGGGCAAGGUGAUGGCCAAAGACGAAGCGGCUGGUGCCGGAGGCGCGGUCGCGGCCGCCGCGGUCGCCGCCGUCGAGAAGCACUUCGCGAUGCACGGCAUUUACGGGAUACCGCCGAGUGCCGGCGCGAUGCCUCCGUCGCCGCAGACUCAACGACCGAUCAAGCACUCCGGUUCUCGAGAGGAGGCUACGCAGGACGAACAGGAUUAUCUAUCCACGCAGCACAUGUGGCGGGAGCCGGGUUACAAGGUACCGGAAGACAUAACGGAAAAAGCUAAAAUGGUGAGACAGCAGAAGAGGGAGGGUGAGAACAAGCCACAUAUCAAACGACCUAUGAACGCGUUCAUGGUGUGGGCCAAGGACGAGCGUAGGAAAAUUUUGAAAGCCUGCCCGGACAUGCAUAAUUCCAACAUAUCGAAAAUACUUGGUGCUCGAUGGAAAGCGAUGUCGAACUCCGAGAAGCAGCCGUACUACGAGGAGCAGUCACGGCUGUCGAAGCUGCACAUGGAGAAGCACCCGGACUACAGGUACAGGCCGCGACCGAAACGUACCUGCAUCGUGGACGGGAAGAAGAUGCGCAUCUCCGAAUACAAGUCGCUGAUGCGGCAACGGCGGCAGGAAAUGAGGCAGCUCUGGUGUCGUGACAGCGGGCCAGAGAUGAGCUUCCUGUCUCCGGUGGGCUCGGACCUGAGCACGCAACACCAUCCAGGAACGGGGGCCGGUCCGUCGGCGAGGCCUAGCGUGUCGCCGCCGGCCACCAUGUUGAACGGCGGCGCGGCUGGACCCAGUUCCGAUCAUCCGUCGUUCUACUAUCCGCAAGACAGUUUGUCGCCGACGGACAUGAUGAACUUCUCGCCGGAAAAUUCGGGCUCGAUCGGUGGCUAUGACGCCAGCCCGCGGCACCACGACGAGGAUUGAACCGCGGCUCCGGGUCAGCCGCCAUGGCCGCCCGGAGCGUCAUCAUCUUCAACAGCAGCCGCAGCAUCGGCGUCAACCUCGAGACUCGGCCACGAGUUGUUCUGGUAAAACUUCCGGUGGUUCGCGUGAAAGAAUAUAUAUAUAUAUAUAUAUAUAUACAUAUGAAUAUACGUGUGUAUCGUCGCGUGAACAGAAACGUGGAAGCAAUAUACAUGCAUACGUACGUAGUAUGGUACGUACGUACGUCGACUGUCUACGGGGAACGAGGAAAGGGAACGUUCGCGAAGAGUGACUGAGCGUUUCGAAGCCUCGCUCAAGAGGUUGUGAUAUACAUACAUACAUACAUACACGUAACGAUUCAAUUCUGUGCCAUCGUACGACGUGUGGCGGGAUGGUCCUUUCCGCGGAUUCCAGCGAAUUGGCGAAUAUGAUGGUCCCUGCCUCCUUGGAACUGCCUCCGUCGUCGCGUCGUGUCGUCCAACACGAUGUCGUUCAAUUUGUCGCGAGAUACCUGUUGUUCGUGCGCAUACGGCUGAGAGGAUCGCACGUAACUUGGUAUAUACACCACGGCUCGAACCUGUCGAACACAGUGCCACGACACGAAGUUUCGUGACCGAUGUCGACCAAUCAACCCCUCUUUCGUUAUCCGCUACACGUAUAUAGGUACAAGUUACGCCGAACGGUUCACGGAAUACCGAUGGCCGCUCGCUUAUAUAUAUACACUGUUACCGAGAAGAAUAGAACGUGUGAAUAGUAGGCAUGAUGUUUGAUUCAUUGCUAACAACGGAGAACAAUGAACACGACGACGGCACGACGAGGGGUAACGAUGGUGUUACUCCGUUGGUGUAAUCAAAACCGCGGCCAACGCGGCGUAAAUCUGCGAACGAUGAGGUCUGAUCGUCGUUAGGUAACGUUCUAGGUAACGAGAUAUGCGCGUGAGUAGAAUUCUCGAACAGGUAACGAACGUCGAUUCACGCGUGCCGGCGUGUAUACAUACAUAUGUCGGUAUUCAUCUCGCGGGUGUUUUCUGUGUACGCGGAAGCGCAGAGCAACAUGAACGCUAGAAUUAUAUAAAAUAAGGAAUAAAUAAAGUAAAUAAAAAAAUAUAAAUAUGAAACGAAAAAUAUAUACACACACACACAUACACACACACACAUAUAUAUAUACAUACCUGAUUUUUCGUAAGACUGCCAUGUGUUACGUGUGUGCGCGUACGCCAGAAGGAUCGAUCCGAUGCAAUCUCCCGGCGAUGCUCGAUCGGACUCGGUUUCUAUCGCGUUUCGUACGAGCCGCGUUUUUAACACACCGCGAGACGAUCGUGACACGUAUUUCGGUGUGUGUACGUGCGUGAGUGUGUGUAGGAAGAUACGGUGCGGUGAGCGGCCAAAAAAGUCUUGUUCCUAUUCCUUCUUGUGUGUAUGCGUGUAUGCAUGUAUGCGUGCGUGCGUGUGCGUGUGUGUUUGUAUGCAUGUUUGCGCGCGUGUAUGUGUCUAUAGCGAUACGCUAUUCCGGUCGGCCGUGUCGAUACGUGAGAAACAAAGAUAAAUAGGAUUGAUAGAAGUAAAAAUGAAUGGAAGGGGGAGGAGGGGAAAAAAAAAAAAAAAAAAACGAAAGAAAUUAAACGUAAGAAGAGGAGUGAAAAAAGAAAAAGGAGAAAACAAAGAGAAAACUGUGGUCCGUUGUGGGUAUCCCGCAGCGCUACACGUUUAUACCGAGAGUAUAGGCGACAACAUGCGUUAUUAGAUCGUAUAAUAUCCCACGUUCACGGCGGACGGUCCUUUUUUUUUUCUGUAUUCUACAUGCAAUCACUGGUAUGUCGCACGAGGACCCUGGACAGAAGAUAGAGAGGAAAAGGUGGAAUUCCAUAUUCUGUCACGCGAUUUUUGCACCCGCUCGAGUCAGCAGGGGUGUGCAGCCACUUCGUUUCGCGUCUAAAAACACACUUGUAGUACUUAUAGUAUUUCUCGCGAUUAAUUUAUGGACGAUUAACUUUAACGACGAUUACGCGAGGCAGGGAGAAAGAGAGAAUAGUAGUAAGGUCGACGGUUGAGAGGAAGAGAGCAAGAGAGAGAGAGAGAGAGUGAGAGAGUGAUGACACGAAGCGGAGGCACGACGAAGAGAAUUCUUUUUUUUUUUUCUUUCUUUUUGUUUGUUUCUAAUAAAAUAAUAAAAGAGAAAUCGAGAUCUAAAGAGAAGCGUAUUAUUAGAAGGAAAGGAAGUGUGUGUGUAUAGGGGAAAAUGAUGAAUAGAGAGAGAAAGUGAGAGAGGGACAUACGCGGCGUCAAUUUUAGUACAAUAUCAUUGUGUAAAAUUACGGACGGGGGAAAUUAGCGUUAUUUAUUGUAAACGAUGUAAACGAACGAAUAAUCAAAUUCUAACACGA